AUGCGUCCUGGAAUAUUUAACCCCAUACUUUAUGGCAAGCGUUUAUUCCAGCAGUUUGCAGUUGACACAUACAUAAAGAUUGAGAGCUCUCGAUUAGAUUAUAUACACAACCAUCAAGAUGAUAUUAGGGCUGACCUCUACCAGGGAUUGGUUGAUAGCCUACAUGCUGGUGAAGGUAGAGCAGAAGCUGUUGGAAAGCGGACAGUGAUGCCUUCAUCAUUUAUUGGAGGCCCACGUGACAUGAGGCGUCGGUAUAUGGAUGCCAUGGCUCUUGUACGGAGGUUUGGUAAACCAGACAUCUUCCUUACUAUGACAUGUAAUCCGAACUGGGAUGAGAUCAAGCGUGAACUCUACCCUGUCCAGAUGCCACAAGAUCGUCCAGAUCUUGUUGUUCGAGUGUUUAGAGCAAAACUACAAGAGCUAAAGGAUAGGCUACUAAAGAAGGAUAUCCUUGGAAAGGUUCGGGCACAUGUUUAUGUUGUGGAGUUCCAGAAGAGGGGUCUGCCGCAUGCACAUUUUUUGCUAAUUAUGGAUAGGAAGUACAAGAUCACGUGCCCAGAGCAGUAUGAUCGCCUCAUCUCAACUGAGCUACCAAACAAGAAGAAGUACCCAGUCUUGUAUAAGAUGGUUACAAAACAUAUGAUGCAUGGCCCUUGCGGAGUGCUUAAUCGCAAUUGUCCAUGCACAAAGGGUCGUGAUUCCUGCAAGAACCGUUACCCUCGACCUUUCUGUGAUGUCACAAUACAGGGCAAGGAUUCAUAUCCAAUUUAUAGAUGGCGUGAAGAUGGACGAAAAGAAAAAGUUCGUGGCCAUGAGCUUGACAACAGAUGGGUCGUGCCUUACAACCCAUAUCUCCUCUAUUUGUUCAACUGCCACAUCAAUGUUGAGGCAUGUGGGAGCAUUAAGGCAGUCAAAUAUCUAUUUAAGUAUAUUUACAAGGGUCAUGACCGAGCAUCUGUGGCUGUGAGAGAGGUUGACAAGGAGGAUAGUGAGGGGAACAUUGAUGAGAUCAAGCAAUAUAGAGAUGCCAGAUGGGUAACCCCACCAGAAGCCUUGUGGAGGAUAUACGGUUUUGAUUUGAGUGACAGGAACCCUUCUGUUUUGUCCUUACAACUUCAUCUUCCAGACAUGCACAUGGUAUCAUUUCAUCGACGCGAGGGGGUUCGACGAGUGCUUGAUCGCCCAGGUGUUGAAAAGUCAAUGCUCACAGCGUACUUCGAGAAGAAUAGGACAGAUGAAACAGCCCGAGGUAUACUAUAUCGAGACUUUCCAGAGUUCUAUACAUGGCAAGCACAGGGUAAAGUUUGGCAAAAGAGGGUACGUUCUGGUACAUUGCGACAGAUUGGAAGAAUCGUGUCUGCUAAUCCAGCUGAGGGGGAGCGUUACUAUCUUAGGGUUCUCCUGAACCACGUGGCAGGUGCAACCUCCUUUGAGUGUCUAAGGACUGUUGAUGGCAAACUCCUACCAACCUUCCGUGAAGCUGCAGAAAGAAGGGGCCUAAUCGAAGAGGACAACACAUUGGAUGAGAGUCUUGCUGAGGCAACCGACUGGAUGAUGCCAUAUGCAUUGCGAAGGAUCUUUGCAACAAUAUUGGUUUUUUGUGAGCCCAGUAAUGUCCUCGGACUAUGGGAGAAACACAAGGAUGCUAUGUCAGAGGACUACAAGUGCAAUAAUCAAUCCAUCUCCAUGGUGGAGCAGAUGGUCCUCAUAGAUAUUCGAAAGUUGCUACAAUCAAUGCAGAAGGAUAUAAAGUCAUACCCACUUCCAGAUAUCGAUGACACAUAUGACGCCUCCCAUGAUAUUCCUAGAGAGAUUUUUGAGGAGGCUAGCAUUGAGGCUAACAAGGAUGAUGUGGCUCUGUUAGACACCCUUAAUGUGGAGCAGCGGGCUGCCUACGAUGAGAUUAUGUCCUCGGUUGAUACUAAACAUGGGGGUCUCUUCUUUGUGGAUGGUCCUGGUGGGACCGGAAAGACUUAUCUCUAUAAAGCACUUCUUGCUACUAUACGUAGUCAGAAAAAGAUUGCCGUGGCAACAGCUACAUCUGGUGUUGCGGCAUCAAUAAUGCCUGGUGGUAGAACCGCCCACUCGCGCUUCAAGGUUCCCCUCACCCUCGAUGAUGGGGCCUUCUGUAGCUUUACAAAACAGAGUGGUACUGCCAAGCUACUUCGGAUUGCAUCCCUUAUUAUUUGGGACGAGGUGACAAUGAUGAAGAGGCAAGGUGUCGAAGCACUAGACAUCAGUCUCCGUGAUGUAAUGGACCAACCUGAGCUGCCGUUUGGAGGGAAGACCGUUGUGUUUGGUGGAGAUUUUAGACAGGUUCUUCCUGUUGUUCGGAGAGGGUCGAGGGCUCAGGUGGUCAGUGCUUCGCUACGGAUGUCAUACCUUUGGGAUUGCAUGAGCCAUCUCAAACUGGUGCAUAACAUGAGGGCAAAGAGUGACCCAUGGUUUGCAAAAUACUUGCUGCGCAUCGGUGGAGGUUCUGAGGAGGCGAAUGGCGAUGAUGAAAUCUGUCUUCCUCAUGAUAUAUGCAUACCGCACACUGGGGAAGAUAGUGACCUUGAUACUCUAAUUGAUUGCAUAUUCCCUAACCUCAAUGCAAAUAUGUCAAGCAAAGAUUAUAUCACCUCUCGAGCAAUAUUAUCAUCACGGAAUGACUGUGUAGAUAUGAUUAAUAUGAAGAUGAUUAGUCGUUUCCAUGGGGAUGAGAUGGUGUACCAUAGCUUUGACUCUGCGGUGGAUGAUCCGCACAACUACUAUCCUGAGGAAUUUCUUAACACUUUGACACCUAAUGGUCUACCGCUACACGUGUUAAAGCUAAAGAUUGGCUGCCCAGUCAUAUUGCUUAGGAACAUUGACUCCGCCAAUGGACUUUGUAAUGGUACCAGGCUUAUCAUACGAGGGUUCCAAAAGAAUACCGUGGAUGCAGAAAUUGUGGUGGGACAACACACUGCAAAGAGGGUUUUUCUGCCUCGCAUACCCUUGUGUCCGUCGGACGACGAGAUGUUCCCUUUCCAAUUUAAAAGAAAGCAGUUUCCUAUUCGGCUCAGCUUCGCAAUGACCAUUAACAAGGCACAGGGGCAGACUAUCCCUACUGUUGGGGUAUACUUGCCAGAACCAGUGUUCUCACAUGGCCAAUUAUAUGUAGCACUAUCCAGAGCCACGGCAAGAUCAAACAUUAAGAUCCUGGUCGUGCCACCUGAUGAGAAGGACGUGACCAAGGAGAAGGGGAAGAAGAAACUGACAAAGGAUAUAUUCACAAAAAAUAUCGUAUAUAAAGAGGUUCUGACUAGAUAA